AUGAAUAAUCUGGCAUCACUCCUUCUUACGGAAUGCGACGCAACAGCGGAAUCUCGGGCAAGCUAUAAAGAACACGACACGAUUGUCAAGCUCCUCUGGACGGCCAGCGGGAUUGAAGCAGCGACAAAGAUAUGGAAACAGCUUGCAAAAUGGAGGCACGGAAAGGAAGGACGCAGUGAGGAAACGGAAAAAGAGAGAAGGGAAUUGGGCUACGGAUGGGGCACGCUGAACGACGCAAGGGACGAGUUUCCACUUUCUAUUCUCUAG